AUGUCUUCUUUAUCGCGAGCUCAAAGCUGGCCUCUACUUUCCGGUGCCGUACCCGCCGAGGACGCCAGGAAUCUCGCUGCCAAAACCCAGAUCCAGGCCCGAAGGUUCCUCUGUCGCCAUUACUACCCCGAAGGGGGAUGGGGUUGGGUGGUCGCCGUUUGCGCGGUCCUCGUCAACGUCAUCAACCACGGCGUGCAGUUUUCCUGCUCUCAAUUAGUAGCGCCUGCUUCGUUUAAAUUCCACGUCCCUCCCGUAUAUCCCGCAGGCGGGAAAUACACCGAAAAAUGCGUUCCUUAG